AUGACGACGCUUAUGUGCGUCGAAUGCGAGGAUACGGCGGCUACUGUACGCUGUGACGAUUGCAAGGAUUUGUACUGUCCGCUUUGCUUUGCAGCGCAGCAUCACGCUGGCUCCAGGUUGCGUCAUACGAAGACAGAUAUGCCAGAAAACUCCAUCAACGUUACUCCCCGUAUUAACGUUUGUCCGUUGCCUCUACAAGAGUCUUUUCCGUCUUCUUUAGAGCUGGAACGGAUUCCUCUUCCAUCUAUAAAACUUUCUCCUUCUCCUGUAAAGUCCUUAGUUAAUAAUAAUGCGCCUGUGACGAGCAAAUUGGAGGACGACGAUGACGAGUUAAUGCACGAGAUCGAAGAGAUGCCAUCGGCAUUAAUGAAGGAAGCAGCGUACAUUCCAUUACGACUUAAUGAGGACGAACGUUUGCUGCUCAACUUGCUGGAUGCAGCGCUCAAUGUCAGUGAGUACACGGACAAGGUGGACGUCUUGUCCUACCGCUCGCCUGUGAAGCGCGUUAUUUACGAACUGAACGAAACGUUUGGCGAACUCUCGGGUCUAAUGAUUGCUAAUGACUUUCGUCAAGGUCGUCGACUUGUGCAGGACAAAAACUUUAAGGACAAUGAGGAUUUUUUUCGCCAAGUGUUUGAGAUUGGACGACGCUAUAAAGUGAUGAACCCUGAAUGCAUGCGAAACAACUACGGCAAGAUGAUUUACUUGCUGCAGGAUGCCAACCUGCGGGAGAUUAGAACCUAUCUCGGUUUCUCGUGCGUAGCACCAAUUAAGACGGUGGCAUCUUUGCUGGAGGAACGACACGCACUUGACAUGCUGCGUGACAAACGCUGUGACGUGGCGACGUCUGUGGCUGCCAUGAACGCUGACUUGCUUGCUGACCCAGAAGCAUUGCGGCACUUUUCUCAUGGCAAGCAGCAGGCUAUUGACGAGCUGGUGCGUGACUACUCGUCAGCUUCGUUGUCGGAAGAGGAGAUUCGUCUAUGUCUGGCAUCGAUUUCUGACAGCCAGAGCUAUUUGGCAUCCAACAGAUCACCUAUUACGCGUAUGGUGGAGUAUUUAGAAAAGUUUUUUAAACCAGAGAAGGCUGAACCAGGUCUUAGCCUUGAGAUACGGGCCGGUAGGAAUGGUGCGCGACUUAGUCACAGCCACGCUACUCAGUACGAGUACGUCUUGCAGUCGUUGCUGCUUUGGAAGAAUAUUACGACAUCGAUGCUGCAUCUGUGGUGGGUUGUGGAGGAGGACUUGCUUCGCGGCAGCAUCUAUCGGCUUCGUGAUACCGGUCAGGGUCUUAACCGCAUGCAGCAUGCGCCCAAGACGUCUCAUUUGGUGCACACGAUUUUGCAUCACACGCAAAAGAUGCGCCCGCGUUGGGUAGGCUCCUCAGCGGUUCAUCUCGGUGACCACAACGUGCCCAAUGCGCUCAUGUUCAUCGAUAAGUACACACAGAUCUCGCGUAUAUUAAGUCCGAUCGUGAAUACGGUGCAUGACAUUCCAGCGCUCGCAGUACAGCCCAAUACGCGCGCGUACAUUGAGGGUAGCUUUGGUGGUGCCGAGACACUUCAGAAAGAAAUCCUGUGCGACUUUUUCAAACACGGAUUUGAUGGUAGUGGUGCAGACAAUUUUUUUGACGCAGGUUCCUGUAUUGACGGGCGUCUUACUAGUGCCUGGAAUUGGUGUUCUCGGAUAGAAAAGAAGACCUUCUUCCAUGUGUUUCUCAUGGCUGGAUUUGUCGGCUUUGAUGGACACUUUGAGAAGUAA